AAAAAAGAAAAAAAAAAGGAAAAUACACAGAGACACAGAGAGGGGUUUGUGUAUAUAUAUAUAAAAAAAAUUCAAGAAAGAAGGAAGAGAAAAUAAUAAGAAAAAGAAAAAUAAAGACAAGAAGUGCGAGAGAGAAGGAGAGGGAGGGUGAAAAUGGCGGCUAGUGGUAGCGAGAGAGUAGCGGUGGAGUUGUGUAAAGGCAUCAACGGCCUUGAUAAGGUUGUGCUCCGCGAUCCACGUGGUUCUACUGCUGAGGUGUAUUUGUAUGGGGCUCACGUGACAUCCUGGAAGAAUGACCACGGGGAGGAGUUGCUUUUUGUCAGCAGUAAGGCAAUAUUCAAACCUCCAAAGGCAAUUCGUGGAGGCAUUCCGAUAUGCUUUCCUCAAUUUGGAAGUCAAGGUUCCCUUGAGCAGCAUGGAUUUGCCAGGAAUAGGUUUUGGAGCAUUGACACCGACCCACCUCCAUUUCCCACAAAUUCUAAGUCCUUUAUUGAUUUGAUCCUUAAGCCUUCUGAAGAGGAUAUGCAGAAGUGGCCUAACAGUUAUGAGUUCCGUUUGAGGGUAGCUUUGGGAACCGGGGGAGAUCUGAUGCUGACAUCUCGCAUUAGGAAUACCAAUGCUGAUGGAAAGCCAUUCACUUUCACAUUUGCGUAUCACACUUAUUUCUCUGUCUCAGACAUCAGUGAAGUGCGGGUUGAAUGUUUAGAGACACUAGAUUAUCUUGACAACUUGCAGAACAAGGAACGAUUUACUGAACAAGGGGAUGCCCUAACGUUUGAAUCAGAAGUUGACAAAAUAUACCUUAGCACUCCUACUAAGAUUGCUAUUCUGGAUCACGAAAAGAAGAGAACCUUUGUAUUACGCAAAGAUGGACUUCCAGAUGCUGUGGUAUGGAAUCCAUGGGACAAGAAGGCAAAGACUAUGGCUGAUUUUGGAGAUGAUGAGUACAAGCAUAUGCUCUGUGUGGAGGCUGCUGUGGUUGAAAAACCCAUCACGCUAAAACCUGGUGAGGAGUGGAAAGGAAGACUGGAACUUUCUGCUGUUCCUUCCAGCUAUUGUAGCGGGCAACUUGAUCCACAGAAAGUUCUUCAGAGCAGCUAAAAAAGGAUCCAUGGUUUUGAUAUACAUAUUUUGUACAGCUUCUUUGGUUGAAAGUUUAAACACAGUACUCUGAAUGUGUAGUUGGUGCCUUUGAGGACUGGAAUUCACUCACUUUUAUGUUGAUGGAUCAAGUAUGCUGUGCUGUGCUGUGCUGUGCUUGAGAAGACGUUGUGUAGAAAUUUCCAUACAUCAUUGAAAUGAGAUGGUCCGUCCCUUUUUA